GACCCUGCCCCGGGCCCGGCCACCGCCCGGCCCGCUCCACCCUCUGCUAGGCCUUUCCCGGCUCUCAGCGGACGGCGCUGCCCCAGCCGGCGCUCCCGGGAGCGCGGACCCCGGUGCCUGCCCGGCCAUCCUGGCCGCGGCCCUCCUGAUUCCGUCGCUCCCGCCGCCCCUGCCCGCUGAGCCGGUUGUUUUCCGUAGUUCCCGUGGACAGGAAGCGCCUCUGGACUGGUUCCGUAAGCCCAGCAGACCGAGGGGCUGCGUGUGCACCCACGGGAGGUUUUGCACAAACACUGCUUGGUGGCGGUGCUGUGGCUAUGGCGCUCAUUGGAGCUGAGGAUUCCUGACUGCUGGGGGUCACACGUCGCUGAGGAGAUGAGAGAUCAAAUCCGGCGUGACACGGGGGAAAAUCGAAGGACCCGCUGAGUGAGGAUGAUGUUGGUGCCAGUCUGACGGUCAGCGGAGUGUGUUUAGUGCUGCGGUUCAGGAUGAAUAGGAAGAAAGGAGACAAAGGAUUUGAAAGCCCAAGACCCUAUAAAUUAACUCAUCAGGUAGUUUGUAUCAACAACAUAAAUUUUCAGAGAAAGUCUGUUGUAGGUUAUGUGGAACUCACAAUAUUUCCCACAGUGGCAAACCUGAACAGAAUCAAGCUGAACAGUAAACAGUGCCGCAUUUACAGAGUGAGAGUCAAUGAUUUAGAAGCAGCUUUCAUCUAUAAUGAUCCCACACUGGAGGUCUGUCACCAUGAGUCAAAGCAGAGGAAUCUCAACUAUUUCUCCAAUGCCUAUGCUGCCGCUGUCAGUGCUGUGGACCCGGACGCUGGAAACGGAGAGCUCUGCAUUAAGGUUCCCUCAGAGCUGUGGAAACAUGUUGAUGAGUUAAAAGUCCUGAAGGUGCAUAUAAACUUUUCUCUGGACCAGCCAAAAGGAGGCCUUCAUUUUGUGGUACCGGACAUGGAGGGCAACAUGGCAGAAAGAGGGGCUCAUGUCUUUUCAUGUGGCUAUCAAAAUUCUACAAGAUUUUGGUUUCCUUGUGUGGAUUCAUAUUCUGAGUUGUGUACCUGGAAACUUGAGUAUACUGUAGAUGCUGCAAUGGUGGCUGUUUCAAAUGGAGAUUUGGUAGAAACUGUUUACACCCAUGAUAUGAGAAAGAAGACUUUUCAUUACAUGUUGACUAUUCCAACUGCAGCUUCUAACAUCUCCUUGGCAAUUGGACCUUUUGAAAUCCUUGUUGAUCCAUACAUGCAUGAGGUGACUCACUUUUGCUUACCACAACUUCUCCCACUGCUCAAACAUACCACAUCAUACCUUCACGAGGUGUUUGAAUUUUAUGAGGAGAUUCUUACCUGCCGCUAUCCUUACUCCUGUUUCAAGACUGUUUUUAUAGAUGAAGCUUAUGUUGAAGUAGCUGCUUAUGCAUCCAUGAGUAUUUUCAGCACAAAUCUCUUGCACAGCGCAAUGAUUAUAGAUGAAACUCCACUGACAAGGAGAUGCUUGGCACAGGCCCUGGCCCAGCAAUUCUUUGGAUGUUUCAUAUCCAGAAUGUCCUGGUCAGAUGAAUGGGUGCUAAAGGGAAUCUCUGGUUACAUUUAUGGCCUUUGGAUGAAAAAAACCUUUGGUGUUAAUGAGUAUCGCCACUGGAUUAAACAGGAGUUAGAUCAAAUCGUGGCAUACGAACUGAAGACUGGAGGAGUUUUACUGCAUCCAAUAUUCGGAGGAGGAAAAGAGAAAGACAACCCUGCUUCACAUUUACAUUUUUCUAUCAAACACCCCCAUACACUGUCCUGGGAGUAUUACACGAUGUUCCAGUGUAAAGCACAUCUUGUUAUGAGACUGAUUGAGAACAGAAUUAGCAUGGAAUUCAUGUUACAGGUUUUCAACAAGUUGUUGAGUCUGGCCAGUACUGCUUCAUCUCAGAAGUUCCAGUCACACAUGUGGAGUCAGAUGUUGGUUUCCACAUCUGGGUUUUUGAAAUCUAUCUCAAAUGUCUCAGGCAAAGACAUCCAACCUUUAAUAAAGCAAUGGGUGGAUCAGAGUGGAGUGGUAAAAUUUUAUGGUAGCUUUGCAUUUAAUAGAAAACGGAAUGUAUUGGAAUUGGAAAUAAAACAAGAUUACACAUCUCCUGGGACUCAGAAAUACGUGGGUCCUCUUAAAGUGACAGUGCAAGAACUUGAUGGCUCAUUCAACCAUACAUUGCAGAUUGAAGAAAACAGUCUUAAACAUGAUAUACCUUGCCAUUCUAAAAGCAGAAGAAAUAAGAAGAAAAAGAUUCCAUUGAUGAAUGGAGAAGAGGUGGACAUGGACCUUUCUGCUAUGGAUGCUGACUCCCCCUUGCUCUGGAUAAGAAUAGAUCCUGAUAUGUCAGUACUGAGGAAGGUGGAGUUUGAGCAGUCUGAUUUCAUGUGGCAGUGUCAGCUGAGAUAUGAGAGAGAUGUGGUGGCACAAGAAGAAGCCAUUCUGGCACUGGAGAAGUUCCCUACUCCGGCAUCCCGGCUUGCCCUGACUGACAUCCUGGAACAGGAGCAGUGCUUCUACCGGGUGAGAAUGCUGGCCUGCUUCUGCCUUGCAAAGAUUGCAAAUUCCAUGGUAAGUACGUGGACAGGACCACCAGCCAUGAAGUCACUCUUCACCCGAAUGUUUUGUUGUAAGACUUGUCCAAACAUUGUGAAGACCAACAACUUCAUGAACUUUCAGAGCUACUUUCUUCAAAAGACUAUGCCUGUUGCCAUGGCCCUUCUGAGAGAUGUUCACAACCUUUGUCCUAAGGAGGUUUUAAUGUUUAUUUUGGAUUUGAUCAAGUAUAACGAUAACAGGAAGAAUAAGUUUUCAGACAACUACUACCGUGCUGAGUUGAUUGAUGCCCUAGCCAACUCUGUGACUCCUGCUGUCAGUGUGAACAAUGAAGUUCGAACAUUGGAUAACUUAAAUCCUGAUGUGCGACUUAUUCUUGAGGAAAUUACCCGUUUUCUGAAUAUGGAGAAGCUUCUUCCCAGUUACAGACACACUAUCACAGUCAGCUGUUUGAAAGCCAUUCGGGUGCUUCAGAAGAAUGGCCACGUCCCAAGCGACCCUGCUCUCUUCAAGUCGUACGCAGAGUACGGGCACUUCGUCGACGUCCGGAUAGCGGCGCUGGAGGCUGUUGUUGAUUAUACAAAAGUUGAUAGGAGCUAUGAAGAAUUACAGUGGUUGCUCUCAAUGGUUCAAAAUGAUCCUGUACCCUACAUAAGGCAUAAGAUUUUGGAUAUGCUGACUAAGAAUCCACCUUUCACCAAGAAUAUGGAGUCCCCCUUAUGUAAUGAAGCUUUGGUUGAUCAGCUUUGGAAACUGAUGAAUUCUGGAACUUCACAUGACUGGAGAUUACGAUGUGGUGCUGUGGACCUCUAUUUCACACUCUUUGGCCUCAGCAGACCUUCCUGUUUACCAUUACCAGAGCUUGGACUUGUUCUUAACCUGAAAGAAAAGAAGGCUGUACUCAAUCCAACAAUUAUCCCUGAAUCAGUUGCAAAUAAUCAGGAGCCUGUGAUCAGUUCUAACAAUCAUGGGCAGUCAGUAGGAUUUCAGAACACCUUCUCAAACUCUCAAGAGGAAGAGGAAAUUGAUAUGGACACAGUUCAUGACAGCCAAGCCUUCAUUUACCAUCAUUUGAAUAUGCUGGAGAGACCAUCCACACCAGGUAAGGAACAAUCUUCGGGGGAGAUAAACAUGCACCCUGUCUCAGCAGCUCCACUCUCUGUGUUCAGCAAAGAAUCCAACUCCUCAAAACACAGCGACCACCAUCACCAUCACCACCAUGAGCACAAGAAAAAGAAGAAGAAACACAAGCAUAAGCAUAAACAUAAACAUAAACAUGAUACUAAAGAAAAGGAAAAGGAUUCUUUUGUUUUCUCUAACAGUCCAGCCAGUGCACGAUCAAUCCGUUCCCCAUCACUUUCAGACUGAUACCGAUGGCUUCUCUGGAGUUCAACUUGAAAUACUCUUGGAGUAGUUAGAAGGAUGUACAUAACUAUAGCUUCUAUCUUUUUUUAUGGAACUAAGAACAUGUGAAUUGUCGUAGCAAUUCAGAAGCUCUGCCACCUUUGAAGCCUUCUUUUUGCAUGUGUGGUUGUUGAAAUCUGAUUCAAAAAAUAUGGUUUAUGAUUCUGACUCAUUUUGUAUUUCACUGUUCUCCACACCUCCCACUCUUUUUUCCAUUUUAAACAAAGAAAACAGCCCUUUAUGUAAGGGCCCCAUGUCCACUGGCAACCCCCUGCACAUCACGCUUACCAUGUGUAUUGCCAGAAUCAAUUAUGGUUUAAUCCUUUGAAGAAUGUUAGAAGCAGAGUAUGUUUUGAGCAGAAGCCAAUUGCCAAGCCUUUGGUGACAGACUGUUUCCAGAGCAGUAUUGUAUAACGAAGUGUAGGUCUCCUCAAAAGACAGGGCUUUUCUUUAGUCUUCAGCUGACCUGUUUCUUGCUUUAACCAUUGCAACGUGAUGUCAGACUUCUAAAAGAACAACAGU